AUUUAAGUGUCCUAAAUGAUCCAGCUGGAAGCUGAAAUUCUUGGGUGUUCUUGUAUGGUGACGGAAAACUUUUUCCCAGAUUAUGUUCAGCAACACUGGAAGGAGGAUGAUUUUUUUGCCUACCAGUACCUAAACGGCCCCCAUCCCACCUUGAUUCGACGUUGUAAAACUCUGCCCGGCAACUUCCCCGUGACUGACGACAUGGUCUUCAUUCCCAAUGGCUCAAACUUGUCCAAUGAGUUGAAGCGAGGCAACAUAUACCUGUGUGACUACAAACACCUGGACGGACUGCAGGCAAACACGGUCCAAGGGAUUCAGCAGUACAUGAUGGCGCCCCUCGUCCUGUUUCACAAAAGGCCCGAUGAUAAGCUGAUGCCUAUUGCCAUUCAGGUGACAUUACUUUAUGCCAAUGUACUUAAAGAUUUAAAAUAAAUAAAUAAAUAAAGU